CCUUCUUCCAAAAUAUCAUGUCACGUGAUUAUAACUUGUUUGUGGUGCAACAAUUCUCUCUUCUCAAUUCCCCCCAACAGCUCAUAUCUCACUCUAUUCUAUCAAACUUGUAAAUCCAGCUAUCAUCGCCAUGGAUCCUGAAUGUUCAUGUCUCGCGUCUUUCCACUCCGAGGCGUCCAAUUUCCCACAUUCUUUUGUCUCUACACACUCCAGACUGGCUGUUUUGGGCUCAUAAUCCACAACAUGGCAGCCCUCUGUCUCAGAAACCCGCAUGACUCCGAAUCAAGAGUGGCAUCAAACGAUCGAACCUAUCCACGAUGUGGCCGUUAGCCGCCAUCCUUGGAGCCGCCAUUGGAGGCGGUGUUUUUCUUUGCGUCACAGGAAUACUGGUCACCGUCUCUGUCCAGCGACAUCGCCAUCGUCAAGUUCUGCAAGCUCAUGGUCUUUCGAGAGGGUUAAGCAGGUACCAUCGCUCCAAGCUCAGCGCAACAGAUAACAACUACGUCCACGUCACGCCCCCAAAUGCCUCUUUACGGGAUAGCUCAUGUCUACCUGCUGAUGCGGACUGGGUGCAAAGCCAAGUCAAAGAUCGAAGGCAACAUUAUCACCAGCGAACUAGGUCCCACUGGUCUAUCAAGCCCAAGGGUUCACUCGUGGAUCACCAAACAUCCGAUAUAUCCGUCCUCAAAAGUCCAAAAAAGCGUCAGCACAAGAAAAUUAAAAAGCAAUUGUCCAUGGGGAAGAUUCAUCAGCAGUCUCUACCCGUAAUAGAAGAGGCAGUACCUCAGACAAGGAUGACAUCCUCGAAUUCAGCUUUUGUCGCCGAACUCUCAGGCGAGUCACCUACAAGUCGUCCUCCCCAAGAGCUAGACAGUCAAAUUAAACCAGACAGCUCGGCGGGAUGGCCUCUAACGUCGGCAUUGUCUGUUGGGGCGACUCCUCCACCAACGGAAGUCUUCUCAAGAGUGGCAAGGCCAAGUGUCAUCCGCAGAAUUGGAGGCUUACACCACCUUGUGACCCGAGACUUGCCAAAUGUCGAAGCUGAACCACCUGUGACUUCGGACGAGGGUAGAACGAUCCAUCCGUCCGCGACCUGGGGCCCUCCAUCAAUGACCACAUCUAAUCAUGGAGAAAAAGAAUUCGUUGCGCCAACCACCAGAGCUAAUUCGAGUUUCGAUACUCUCAAUAGUUCCCUUUUGACGGUUGUUCUAAGUCCAUCCACAGUAACCCAAAGUGCGGAUCACACGAGCUUGUCAGAUUUCGAAUUUGAUCUGGAGCGGAAACGUUCAGCUGCAUCCUUGAAUAUGGCCAUGUGCAAACAGAUGCCUCUGCGUACAGGUGUUGGGAUAAGGACUGCGAAGUCAAGUGUAAGGUCCCUCCAUCCUACCUUGGACGUGGUUGAGCAGACCUUGGACAAUCCAAGCCCAGACCAUCGAGAUCAGUACCUUCCCCCAACAAUGCCUCAAACAUCCUUCUCCAAGAGGUCUCGUGUGGAGUACUGGACAGAUGUAGAUGCGGCUGAAACCCCCAGGUGGCAUUUCAAUGGGCUAGACAAGCAACGUCAUUCAAUGCUGGAAGCGUCCGAACUUCAAGACCUCAGGAGAAUUAGCGAGUCCAUGGCUUCGCCAGGAGUCAAGUCACAUUCACUCCGUCCGCUCCGUCCACUCACUCAAAGACCAGCUUCCAUAGUAAUCACCAAUCCCCUACAAUGGCAGAAGCAGGACCAUUUCCCGGCUGUUGAUUGUCAUCAAUCCUGUCCAAACCCUGUGGGGGAUGGCCUGCCUCAAGCGGACGAAAGGAGUACUGAAAUGGCGUCUGUCCUCCACUCUAUCUUAAUGGACGAGGACAACGAUAAUGGCAGUCUACGAGGCAAUGGAGAUGUAAACCGGUACGAGUACGGAAAUCCGCGGCCGUUUCCUCCUUCAAUGUUGUUGGGAAAUGCCACAGGACCUGCGAAAGACAACUCCUUGUCGCAACUUCAGACAAGAUCACCUUCUGAUGUUCAUUCCACAUUAACACCAUCAGUCCACUCAUCUCAUGCAAUACCAUCAAGCGAAAACUCUGGAACCCCAAGGCCAGAUUCAGACAUUUUCAGCGCUGCAUAUGUCAACAUGAAUAUGGACGUAAGUCGAGAUCAUCGUGGUGAUACAUGCCAGUGGUAUCGUUCGCCCCAGCAAUCCACGAAGCGUGAACCGACAUCAACACCGCCUUCAUCUCACUAUCCAGAGCGAUUUGAGUCGCCUAUACUUUCAUCUCCGGCUCUUCAAACAUCGGCGUUGUACCCUCGGAAGGUGCGAGAGGGACGAGAAGUGAACAUCAGCCACACCACCAGUGAAGGCAGUCCUGUGCAGAGCAGAGCAGACGGUCAAUAUCGCAUACCUGAAGGGGUUAGAGCCGACUCUGCUAGCGCUAGGCGGCAAGGUAGAGCCAUUCGGACGAUGCGGUCUGAACGCAAUCUUGUCGAUAUGACAGCCACAAGGACAUCUCAGCACAUCGCACUCAGCACUGGACGUCACAAUACUGAGUUGACUGAUCACAUGUCUCCUCCAGUGAAUAAAAGAAUCAGCGGGCUUCGAGCGUCCAGCAGCAACUCGUCAAUCAAUACAAUCUCGCCACACAUCAUGAGUAGGCCUCGUGGCAAGGCAUCUUCAACUCGGCGUGUUAGGCUUAAUGAAGACAGGAGCAGAAUGGCCCAAGCAAACAGGAUGCGAAGUGCGCACCACACAGAUCGAGCAUCGCCUUCUAUCCCGCCGCACAGCGGCGUGUCGAUCUGGGAAGAUGUCAGUAUUGGAAAUCACAGUCCAGAGAUUGACGUUUCGACUCCUCCACCGCUUCGGAUCACAUCACGGUCAGGGUCAGGGUCAGGCUCCAGAAGGAGUCCUCACAACCGACCGAUGUACUUGAACAAUGUCACGCAGCGAGAUGAAGGGUUUCGGCACGGACCCCAGCGACAGCCAUUUCCUCGUCAACACCCGCAACCUUCCAAGCAGUCAGUGAAAGAUUUCCCGCAUGAGUAUGAAGAGAUGGGAAGUUCUGUGCUUGUGCAGCGACUCGAACGAGCUGUCAGUGACGGCCGAUGGGAUGAUGAGUUGCACAGCCACCAAGAGGUAGAACCAACCACCAGGAAUAUAGGGUUUGGACUGGGGAUAAGCAAUGGAAAUAUCCGAAUCGGUGAGCCACAAUCCUACCGACGGCAUGUCGUGUAUAAAUGAGCCCAAAUCAGGAUCACUGAGACACUGGGCACGUAGUCAUUAAUUAAUAAACAUUUGAU